AUGGAAGAAAGCGAUUAUGUUCGGAACGGUUUAGCGGAAAAAGCAUUGGCACAAGCAAGGAGCAUUCAAGAAAAAACUACUAUUCUUGUUGAAGGGAAGAGCUUCGUUAUUUAUCCGAAUGUGUUCAAUCCAAUCGUAUAUUCAGCCGCUCUUUGGUUUACACGUUCAUUGCUUAAAUUAGUUCAACAAUUAAAACCUGAACAUAUGUUAGAACUUGGCACAGGUGCUGGUUACAAUGCAAUUUUAGCUGCUUUGAACGGUGCUGCCUAUGUUACGUGUACUGAUGUAUCACAAGUAGCCGUAAAAAAUGCACAGGAAAAUAUUGAUAAUCAUCAAUUGAGAGAUCGUGUGAUAGCUAUACGUAGCGACGUGUUUGUCUCACUACCAUCAGAAUACAGAAAUAAAUUCGAUUUAAUUUUCUGGAAUCUUCCAUUUAAUCAUAUCAAUAAACCAGUUAGUGAGUUAACUGAUUUAGAACGGUGUAUAUUUGAUCCAGAACAUGAAGCAAUUGACAAAUGUUUCCGUGAUGUCAAACAAUUUCUUGUACCAUAUCGUGGUCGAGCAUUCUUUGCUAUUGCUCCCAGCAUCGCCAAUUUCGAACAGUAUUCUGCCAUUGCUCGGAAGCAUAAUUGGAAAGUACAACUUGUUAGUGAAUAUGAAACAAUUAUGGGUGACGAUAUUGGUUCCGAAGAAGUAGGCCCCGGAGCUCCACUUGCUAUCUACGAAAUCAUUGCGAUUGAAAGAAACUGA